AUGUGGAUUAUGUGGGGGAUGGUAAAGUACUGGGUCUGUGUGAAAACUAUGAAUACUAAUAGCAAAGUAUUAGAUGAUUAUGAUUUUGGCCACAUGAAAGUUCAUGAUGUUGCAAUUAUGCCGGAUUCCCUUCAAGUGUUGGGCAUGAGACAAAGGAAAGAAGUGAAAAUGCUCAAUUUUUUCUGA